UAUACCCGUUGAAGAUGGAGAUGUUUCGACGAUUGGUCAGGCGAUAGGUACAAUUGUGGCAUGGCCAUUCAGUCUUGUCGAAUUUGUUGGUGAAUGUGGAAAGAUCAAUCACAAAUUACAAAAUAAAGAUAAGAAAAUGCAACGUAGUGCUGAAUCAGUUGCUUCACCGAGCAAAACUAGGAAGAAAAUGAAAAAACAAGAGCAGUCACCUAAAGUUGGCGAUUCAAAUUUUUCAAAAAAUUUAGAAUUCCUUCAAACUUAUGUGACACACAUGUGGGCUGCGGAGUCGGUGUUGCAAGUAAGUAUAGGGGAGAAAGUAUUCGGUGAGGAAUUUCCUGAGCAUUUGCAUGCAGAGCAUUUAAAUGAAGUCCUUAAGCAUGAAUGGCUAAGUGCAACUGUUAUCAACCUUUAUGCUAGGUACUUAUAUGACAAGUUCAUAAGUCCCGGGGGAUUAACAAAUAGGCUAUCUUUCUUAUCCCCACAUGAAUCACGUGAUGAUGUUAAAGGAAAUGGAAGCAUUUCAAGAAUAUUGUUAAAAAAUAAGAAGAUCAAGGAUAAAAUGAUUCUUGCACCAUUCAAUUUUGGGGAUGUUCAUUGGGCGUUGCUUGUCAUCGAUCCAGAUGCCGGAAUUAUAUAUUUCUUGGAUUCGAUGGAUAGUGGCUCUGAAUCAAGACUUCUAUGUUGUAAAAAUAGAUUUGAAAAUGCUUUGCUAAUUUACCGUGACUAUAAUCAAACUAAACCGGCAAAAUCAAGUAGAAUCAAAUGGAUAAGAAUAAAGUGUCCCCAGCAAACUAACACUAUUGACUGUGGAUAUUUUGUGUCGCGCUUUAUGAAAGAGGUUGUCAUGCAAUAUCCAAAGAAGAUUCCCGAUAAUUAUUUUGAUGAAUACAAAUGUGGUACAUACUCUAAGGAUAAGUUAAGUGAAGUGAAAGAUGAAUGGGCAGGAUAUAUUUUCACAAAUGUUAUCCCCGGCGGAAGUUGGAUAAUGGACUUCAUGGAAACAUGAAAGAUGCUUGCUUGGUUGGGCAAUUGGCAGAGGAAUAUUGUUUAGGUUAAUUAGCUAUAUUGUCUUGUUAUAAGUAGUGUCAUGAACAUCAUCUAGCGGGUUAGGAUAAUUAGUUUGUUUUUGUCUUGGACACAAAAUUGUCUUGCUUCUUUGUUUGUUUUGUGAAGGAUGGGAGACUAUGUAAUUUGAUGGUACUUAUUGGCCUUCUUUGUGCCUUUUUAUAUCUUUAUUAAUAUAACUUUGCCUUUU